AUGAGGCUCACAGCAGCCGGCCUAGCCAGCCACAUGCUGCUCCAUUGUUCUGUGAAGAGUGGAUUCUGCCCCCAUCCUGGCGCCAACACCAAGCGAGAGCGCCCAGCCGCUCCUCCUCCCUACAAGCAGCCAACCGGAGAGGGGUCAGGGCGGCUCCCCCUCUCCGGGCCUGGCUACUGUCCCGCCGCCCAGCAUGCAGCUGGCGAGGCCCAGCCGUCGGGGACAGCUCCGCCUUCCUCUAGCCGCGAGUCCCCAGAACCUCCCGCCCGCCGGAAAGCACCGGAGAGGGAGCGCCGCCUACGUUCAAAAACAGGUGGCCCAGCGAGAAGUACAAACCGAAGUCAACCAAGGAUCGCUGCUGCGGCCACACCCACCCGUCUCCCCUUAGGGACGGGUCCCGGGACCAGCCGCUUACCUGGCGACGCGUACGACUCCUCCAGCUGCUGUGCUUCGACUGCAAGAAUAGAGCGGGGACUGGGGGCGUGGCCGCGGGGCAGGGCGGAGUGUGGGACCACGCCCCUUUGGGCUCCGGGCCAAUGGACGCGCAGCCCGGAGCCCGGACUGGUCCUGCCCGGAAGGAGGAGCGCAGCGCAGCAGCUGCCACCGGACCUUUGUGUGGAUGCCCCGCAGGCGGGAGCGCGGUUCUCGGUAGGGGCAGGAGGUAUUCUCCCUCCCGCCCCUCGCGGGUCUGCGGGCGCCCAGUGCCAGCCCGGUGCCCGGGAGAGUGGCACAAUCGGGUCUCGGCGGGCAGUGCCUGCCACACCCCAGCACAAGUCCGGCCCCAACUUGCCCUUGACUCUAGAUAAGCGGGCGCCUUUUUUUUUCAAGAAUUACGAGAUAGAAGAAAGGCGAGGGACAGAAAGAGAAAUGUAAAAACAAGAGAGGAGGGAAGAGUUGUUUUGUUCGUUUUCUAUUGUCUAAUUGACUCAUUCUUCGUGGGCGGAUUUUGAGACAGACUAGCCUCAGUCUCCCUAAUGGAUUAGAGAUGGGUGUGGACACUAACCCCACCUUUUUCAAUUUUUAUUUCUAUUGAAUCCUCGAAGCUUUAUGUAUUGGCUAGUUUUGUGUAUCAACCUGACACAAGUUCGAGUCAUCCGAGAGAAAGGGGCCUCAGUUGAGAAAUGCCUCCAUGAAAUCCAACUGUAGGACAUUUUCUCAAUUAGUGACCAAUGAGGGAGGAGCCCAGCUCAUUGUGGGUGGAGCCAUCCCUGGGCUGGUGGUCCUGGGUUCUACAAGAGUGUAGGCUGAGUGCACCACGAGGAGCAAGCCAAUGAGCAGCUGUCCUCCAUGGCCUCAGUAUCAGCUCCUGCCCUGUUCCUGUCCUAACUUCUUUCAAUAAUUAACAGAAACAUGGAAAUGUAAGCCAAAUAAACCUCUU